GAGGAGACGAGCGCCCUGCCCUCCGUCCACUCCCCGCCCGGGAUACCUGCGGAGAGCCUGGGUGGCGGCCCUGGAUGCCGGCUCUGGGGCAUAGCCCCCGGUCCCCAGCGGAGGCUGCCUGGCUCCGGUAGAGGGAUUUAAGAGAUUGUUGUGGGAGAAGACUCUGAAAAUUCUUCAGUUUUACAAAAUGAGGACCAGUUGCCUCUUAAGGCUUCUCCAGCUGUGACAGAGGUUGCUGUUCCAAAGGCAGAUUUUCACCAAGAGAAAAGGCAUUUCUCCUACCGUGGACCAAAGACCAUGGAACUUUCAGACAGUGACCGGCCUGUGAGUUUCAGCUCCACAUCUUCUUCUGCCUCUUCCAGGGACAGCCACUGUUCCUUUGGCAGCAGGUUAACCUUAGCUUCCAAUGGCCAUUUGGGCUUGUGUAAUAACCAGGAUAAGGAAACAGGGGCUAUAAAGCUGGAGCUGAUGCCAACGAGGAGAUUCUCCAGCACUGAAGUGCGGAGGAAUCCUCCAGAGGAGAAACAGAACAUGGAAGAAAGCACUGAAAAGUGGCAGGGAGUGUUAAGGACAACUGAAGCAAAAGGAGCAAGUAAAAAUGGCGCUCUCUCCCUGGUUGCAGAAGUUACGACAAGUCCUAAACUUCUCUAUGUGGAUAGAGUAGUCCAAGAGAUCCUGGAGACAGAGAGGACCUACGUACAAGAUUUAAAAAGCAUUGUAAAGGAUUAUCUCGAUUGUAUCAAAGACCAAUCCAAGCUUUCUCUGGGGGCUGAAGAAAGAUCUGCCCUUUUUGGAAACAUACAAGAUAUCUACCGUUUCAACAGUGGACUUCUGCAAGAUUUGGAAAACUGCGAAAAUGAUCCUGUGGCCAUAGCAGAAUGUUUUGUAUCUAAGAGUGAAGAUUUUCAUAUUUAUACACAGUAUUGCACAAAUUAUCCAAGAUCAGUAGCUGUGCUAACAGAAUGCAUGCGGAACAAAAUGGUAGCCAAGUUCUUCAGAGAACGUCAAGAAACUCUCCAUCACUCCCUGCCUUUAGGAUCAUACCUUUUGAAGCCUGUUCAGCGGAUCCUCAAGUAUCAUCUGCUUUUACAUGAAAUAGAAAACCACCUGGACAAGGAGACUGAUGGCUAUGAUGUGGUGCUUGAGGCCAUAGACACAAUGCAGAGAGUAGCCUGGCACAUUAAUGACAUGAAGAGGAAACAUGAGCAUGCCAUCAGGCUACAGGAGAUACAAAGUUUGCUGACUAACUGGAAAGGACCAGACCUAACCAGCUAUGGGGAGCUGGUGUUGGAAGGCACAUUCCGCAUCCAGCGGGCUAAAAAUGAGCGAACAUUGUUCCUCUUUGACAGGCUGCUUCUGAUCACAAAGAAAAGAGAAGAAACUUUUACCUACAAAGCUCACAUACUGUGUGGCAACCUCAUGCUUGUGGAAAUGAUUCCCAAGGAACCACUUAGUUUUAGUGUCUUCCAUUAUAAGAAUCCCAAGCUUCAACACACAGUACAGGCUAAAUCCCAACAAGAUAAACGACUCUGGAUUCUCCACCUGAAGAGACUUAUCCUAGAAAAUCAUGCAGCUAAAAUUCCAGCUAAGGCCAAGCAAGCAAUUCUGGAAAUGGAUGCUGUUCAUCAUCCAGGAUUCUAUUACAGUCCUGAGAAAGAAAUGAAGGCAUUUUCCACUUCGAAAGAAGGCACUGCUCCCCAUCGCCUGAGAAGAAAAUCUGAACCUUCCUCUAGAGUGCACAAAGUUUUGAAAUCCAGUGAAACAGCACAAGAUAUACAAAAGAUUUCCAAUGAUGAAGAAGGCUCUUCAUCGCUAAUAACAGACCUUCCACGUUCUACAUCAGCUGGAAAUCCCCCAACACAGCGGACCUCUCAGCAAAACAAUCCAGUCAUUUUGAAUGUCCUGGGAGGUGGUGGUGCUGGUGUGAGGAACAUCUGGACUGACCACCAGAUCAGGCAAGCCCUAUUUCCCAGUAGACGCUCAACUCAAGAGAAUGAGGAGGAUGAAGAUGAUUACCAUAUGUUUUUGCCAUCAUUAUCUUCAUCUGAUUUGCAUUCCACCAGGCUUUGUGAGGAGAGUAAUGGCUCAAGUCGACCCUGUAGUUGGCAUUUGGGACAGAUGCAAUCCAGAGAUCCAGGGAUCACCAGUACUGGCCACAGGAUUGUCAGGCGGGCCAGCAGUGCUGGUGAAAGCAAUACUUGUCUACCAGAAGCACGCAAUAGAGACAGUGAAAAUGGUCAGCAUGCUUCACGGAGGGACAUAGAGAGAGGUUCUAGAACAGAAAGUGAUGGGAAGGCUUACUUUGAUACAGAGUUGACCCUUCCUGACAUAGACCAUGUCUAUGAUAAUAUAAGUUAUGAAGAUUUAAAGCGGAUGGGUUUUACCAAAAGGGAUGCACCUCAAUAUAUUCCCCAGAGAUCAAACAUGGAUUCUGUGCAAGGGGUACGUCAUCAAAGUAGCCCAGACUUAUUAGCCUUCCCCCAGAAGCAAGAAGGUCAAGAUAAUGUCACUAUGCCUGAAAAGAGAGAUGGCACCCUAUCCAGUAGAGAUGCCUCCAACUUAAGCUCACAUGAGCCCAGCAUCACUGAGGAAAAUAUAUAUGACACUAUACAGCUCCCAGAUCCACCAAUACUAGAUUUUAAAUGCAACUAUCUGAAAUGUGCAAAGCGGAGCAGCUUUUUAGGACUGGAGACAGACUUUGCCUGUUGUGACAGUUUGCGACCAUUUGUUUCUGAAGAGAGCCUCCAGUUCAGUGAAGAUGAAACACCUUACCGUCAUGGUCCCUUGGAGAAUGAUUACUUAAGUUUACUGUACAGUUCUUCUAACUCCGAUUCACUAUCUCACAAGUCUGUAGCCGAUAAACUGUCAGAAGAAGUAGAUGAAAUUUGGAAUGACUUGGAAAACUACAUUAAGAAAAAUGAAGAGAAAACAAGGGACCGCCUCCUUGCCGCCUUUCCUGUUAGUAAAGAUGAUGUCCAAGAAAGGUUGCAUGUUGGAAGCACACCUGAACUCAGUAAAGAUGUAGACUAUGCAAUAUCUACUCUCUCCCUGCCAGAAAACCCUGUUUUCCUUAAGCCUGUAAAAAAUAAAGCUAUGAGAUUAAGCAGGCCCAACCUCCCUUUUGAAGAAGAAACACUUUACAAAGAAAGCUCUUUGAUGAAUCUUAAUAGACUUUCUCUAGCCAGUGAAAUGCCUUCUAUAGAAAGCCCUUGUGAAUCAAUUAAUAGCAGUUUUUCCCAUGCAGACCCUGAGGGUGCUGACCUAAGAAUGAACAGUGCAGAUAAAACAAAAAGCAGAGUUUUUCUAAUGGCGAGACAAUACAGUCAGAAGAUUAAGAGGACUAAUCAGCUUUUAAAAGUGAAAGGUCCAGAGGGGGAACAAACAACCAGUCAGCCACAUAAGUCAAGACACAAAGAUCUUGCUGCCAUAUUGGAAGAGAAGAAGCAAGGAGGGCCUGCCAUUGGUGCCAGAAUUGCUGAAUAUUCCCAACUCUAUGAUCAGAUUGUAUUCAGAGGGACACCCCUUAAAACAAAGAAGGAUGGCUGGGCCAGUCCUGGAGAAUCCCCAAUCCUCCGUUCUUCAUCACCACCACCUCUAUCUCUUUCCCAUUCUCAGCUUGACAAUGAGUGCCCUCAAGCAGAAGACUGGCUUUUACACUCUACGUACAGUAAUGGAGAAUUAGCAGAUUUCCGUGCCUGGUCUCAUGAAGAUACCAAGUCAAGAUACUCCUCUUCAGAGAUAAAUGCCAAAAGUACUCCACGGCAGUUGCCAACAGCUUGUUCCGUGCCUUCACUUCAAACAUCUACCCCCCUGCAAGUUCCUGCACAAAGACGGAGUGUUGUAAUAAACCAGCCUAAUAAAGACAAUUUACGUCACAUCCAUGUUUAUAAUUCUUUGGGCAGGAAAGGAACAAGUACUAAAUCCCAGUCAUAUAGCUGGUCCCAAUCCAGUUCUUCAAUUGUGCUAAACAAAUUAGUGGACUCUAUCAGCUACCCAAAUGACAUGGGAAAGAAACAGCAGCCCUCUUCACACAGAAGCUCAAGGUGUGAUAGUCAACAGGAUUUGUUACGAGGUACUGCUGUCUCAGGUCAGCAAGGUACUGAAAAAUGCUCUGAUGUGACUCUCCAAGAUUCACAGAAGGUUCUGGUAGUGAAUAAAAAUUUACCAUUAAAUGCCCAGAUAGCCACACAGAACUAUUUUUCCAAUUUCAAAGAGGUAGAAGGAGAUGAAGAUGAUUAUGUAGAGAUAAAAUCAGAAGAGGAUGAAUCAGACCUAGAGAUGGCCCAGAAUCAUACCCGGAAAUCUGACCCAAAGAUUCAGGAUGAUGAGCUGCCUGAUGAUCACCCUAGCAACAUCACCUCUUAUUCUUUAAGCAGCCCUUGUGCUUCUUCCACAAAACCAGCCAACAACAAACUUAACCUUUCACCUUACCUAACAUAUGGCGACUCUGACAAACUGAAUGACUACCUGUGGAGUAAUUCCUCACCCAAUCAGCAGAACAUUGUCCAGGCUCUAAGGGAAAAAUUUCAAUGUCUCAGCUCAAGCAGUUUUGCCUGAAGUACUUCAUAGCUUUUGACUGUACUGUCUUUUUACAAUACACAUGUACUAUAAAUACUAAUGACAUGUUUCAAUGUAGUGUUCACACAGCAAUAUGAAACUGUAGAUGUAUUAAGAUAUGGCACAUUAUGUUGAAAAGAUUGACACAGACAGGACUAGUAGCAAAUAUUAACAUCUAGUGGUAUAUUUUAUGAGGAUGGUUGAUUUCUCCUAAGUCAAUUUUACUUAAACAUCCUUAGCUUAUUCUUAUUAUUUUCCAUUUUCACCUCACAGUUUGGUCUUUUUGAUGGUCUGACCACUUUCUUCCAUAUCUUAACAGUACUGUCCAGACUUUAAGAAAUUUAGCCCUUCUGUGCAACAAUAUGUGGAAUUGGGUGGCAGUUAUUAUCACAGGAAGCAGAGCAAGCACCAUUAAAGAUUUUAAAAGGAUGUUAGGUUAAGAGUCAAGACCUUCAAGGAUAACAUAAUCUAAAGGAUAUCUAGGUCAAUUUGAUAUCUGCCGUAAAUUAUCAUCACUAUUACAUUUCUCAAUGCUUGACAAGACUUUCUAUUGAAAUAGCCUUUUUUAGGGGGUAGUGUAAUGUGUUGUUGUCCACUUUUUGGUUUCUGCCAGGAGCUCAGAUAAGUUGCUAAUUAGUAUGUAAAAAAUUAUAUCACCACAAGGAAUUAGAUGGCCCAGGACCAAAACAUUAGAAGGAAAAAGAAAAUCUACUCUGGGAUUUUUACAUAGGUAGAUUCUUUCACAAUCACCACUUCUGCUAUUUGAAAACAAGGCCUUGAGAAUAUGAUCGAUAUUCACAUUGCUGAUUUUAUGAUUACUUAAAUAUACUCAUUCCUUCAUUGGCCUGAAGGAAAAUCCAACUCUGUCAAAAUUCAGAUUGGAUUAGGUAUUUGAGAUGACAUGAUAUUAGGAAUAGUUUAUUUUCCAUUAGCGUAAGUUGAAUAAAAAUUGUUUUCUUAAACAUGUUGAAGUACAUUUCACGUGCAAAAAAUAGAUUACUUAUUCUUACAUAUAACCAAGGCAUUUUUAAAACUUGCCUCCUCUUCCCCAAAGAUUUCUAUUUCAGAGGUCAUUCUCCUAGAUGCAUCCUCAUGAAUAUGGGACUUGACUGAAAACAUUUCUCAGGAGUUACUAGUGACUUGGGAAUGCCACUUGAUUUUCUUUUCAUGUAGUAUGUGUUUGUGUCUAUACACAUACAAAUCUAUGUUAAAGAUAUUUACAAAGAGAAACACGUUACAAAAUUCUCUUUGCCACUUUUGCCAACUGACAUCUUAACCUUGCAUUGCUCUUACUCUAUCUAAAAAGCAAUGUACCAUAGUACUGUAUAAAGACACCAAAUACAUGAGACCUCAUAAGGCCUGUUUUCACCGUUUAUUUGGGAAACUUUUUUAAAUUGGUAAAUGUGGUAGAUUUGUUUAAUUUUUAUUUGAAGAGAUCCUACUUAAUCACAAGAUUCAAUGAAUGAAAUAUGAAAUCAAAAGAACUUAUGCAGAAACAAGAUGGAUUUUCAAAAUUUGGACUUCAAAGUCUUGUCUGAAGCAGUUAUAGAUGUUUACUUCCUCUGCACCCCUACCCCCACCCCACCAACUACAUUUUUCCAUUUGGACAGGCAAAUAUAAUUGUGUGUGAUAUUUAGGGUCAUCUAUGCUGUCUUCAUUAAAAUGAGUGAAACUAAAACAAAGUACAAAAUCAAGGUGGCAUCUUACUUGUAAUUCCUUUUCUGUGUUGAAUCCAAUGCCUUGUUUCCUUAAAUGCAAAAGAUACCAUGUGAUUUGCUUUAUUAGUGAUGAAUGAAUUGGGACACUUUUAAAAACAACAACAUACUUCACUCUUCAAAUCAAGUCUGCUCUUUUUCUUCACCCAAAAUGUUCGGGGGGUGGGGGUAUUGAUGUGAUACUGGACCCUCCACUCUCUUGAUAACUUUAAAAAAUGCAGUAUCCUGAGUUUCGGGAUCAAGUUGUUUCUGGAGGUUUGGGGGAGAAGAGCCACAAAUAUCUCAUACUUCUUGACUUCAUAGAAGUCUUAAAAACAGCAUACUCAUUCAGUGCCCUUGGGUAACAAAAAGCUACUUGAAUAUUAAUAUGUCUGGAAUGUAGUUGACUCCAUUUUUUUGUGAUUGACAGGAAUUGAAUUCUUGAAAAUAAUGAACUGAUCAUUUUUCAUUUUAUAAAAAUGAUUCCUCAAAUUAAUGCCGCUUUGCUAAUUGCAUGCUUUUGGUGUCUACUAUUGAAAAUAUAAGACUCCCCCCCCACCACACCCUACAAAUGACAGCUUUAAAAUAGCUCCCUUUAUUGUAUAAAGUGUAUAUGUACAUAUCAUUGUAUUUACAUGUUUAGGCAAAGCUGUAUUUUAUGUCUUCAAAUGAAUUCUUUUUAUUAGGGUGCAGAUUUUGAGGACUGUGUAUAUACCCGUAUUAUGAAUUUGAUGCUACAAGUCAUCAGUUCUAUGCUUUAACUUAGUCUUAAAAUGGCCAGGAAUAUGUUGUAUAGCUGUAUAAUCUCCCAAAAAACCAAAAGUUCUGUGCAUUUUAGAAAUAUGAUUUUCUGUCUUAUUCAAUCCCUGUAUUGGAUACUCAACUUAAAAAAAUUCAUUUUUUCACUUAUUAGAAUACUACCUAUGGAAAUUGUCUCUAGUAAAACAGUUUAAAAUAGUGUAUAUAAGAUAAUGAACCCUAGCAAUGCCCAUUAUUUAAUAAAGUUUGUAAAGUAUAAAGUAAAUUAUAGUGUGAAUCAAUGUGUAUUAACUAAAAAAUUCAGAUUUUCCCUUUUAACUGCCCUUAACUACAAGAGUCAAUAACUUCACAUCUCAUGAAUUGACUAAUAGAAAAUUUGAUGAGGGUCAGAAUAGAUUACAGGUUUUCCAGUGGGUCAGUUCAUGUCAUUUUCUAUAUAAUUGGAAUGAAAUAUGUUGAGUUGUUUGGGGAGUGGGGUCCAGUGGGUGGCUGAAUUAGCCUAGAAACAACACUAGUUACUCAUCCCCCCCCCCAAAAUGAAGCAACUUUGAACUAUCUGAUUAUUGAUUUUUUUUUUCAAAUGUGCAAAACAAUGUCCAGGGCCAAUUAGUGUCAUAUUGAUUGCAAUCUUAAUUUUAUCUGAUGUUCACUGAGAAGAGAAACAGGAUUGUCAAAAUGUUACAUUAAGAGUAACGGAAUAUGUAGCUUAAAGUCAAUUCCAUUCUCGAAUAUAAAUUUAUCCAGAUUAUACUUAAAGUACAUGUUCCUUAACUGUGUGUGUGUGUCGGGGGGGGGGGGGGGGGGAU